GUAUAAAUUUGACCGACCGAGUCCAUUGACAACAACUAUAAUUAACAUAGUUAUCAUCAUUUCCGACAGCAAAAUGUGGAAGAUCUUAAUUUUCGCCGUUGUCCUUCUUGUCUCCAUUCAAGAUGCUGAAGGGUGGUUAUUUCAUCAUACAAAAAUUGUUCACCACCACCAUCAUCAUUACCAUGGACACCACCACCACCACCACCACGGGUGGUGGCAUCAUGGACGGCGAUCCAUGGAUGAUAAGAAAAGAAAAGCUGACGAAAAGGACAUAGAGGAAAACGAUGAGAAGAAAUUAAUGGAAUGAUUUGUGUAAUAAACGAAGCCUCAUUAUC